AUGAGUAAUACUGCUGGAUCCAAGACAUUGCUGCGACUUCGAAGGAUGACUCCAUUUUGGAGAGGACUAUCCCUGCGUCCAGUUGGUGCUUCAUGCAGAGAUGACACGGAAUGUCUUACAAGACUGUGCAGGUAA